GUGAUUACCGCUGCCCAUGAUUUGGUAGUGAUGAUCUAAUUUAUUGGUUUUUCUUCUGAAAUCCACGCAUAUGAAGAAGUGGGCGAAAAGUUAGUAAUUAAUAUUAUACUACUACUAGAUGGUACCGAUUAAAAACUUUUUAAAAAUUGAAACUACUGGCCGAAGUAUUUUAAUCUACUAUGUGAAAAUUAGUCUGAUGUAGAUGUACUGUCAAUCACAUAAAUUUUUAUCAUCAAAACGAAAAUAAUUAAGUUGUAAUUUAUUAGAUAUAUCAAAAUGUAAUGUUAAUCUUUACCUAAAAACGAGAGUGCCUUCUCAAUAAGUAAAAAAAAAGUCAAAUGAAAAAAAAAAUUAAAAAUGGAAUAUCACGGUAGAAGAAAUCGACGUGGAAGAAGAUACUCUCGUGUAAAUCCUACAGCGCCAUUUAACGCUAUCAUCUCACCACAAACUUCGAAGCCGUGGUCAUUCCUAAGUGGGCUAUAUAGUUUAUUCGUAAUGACUUGUCUGAUUGCAAUAAUUUAUUUGAUGCUGGAAUACCACUGUAGCAUUUGUAAUAAGAAAUAUAAUUUUAAUCAUAUCCAUAUGAGUAUUGACGACAUAUCGAAAAACUUAACACAAAUGAAGAAUAAUUAUUACGAUCUAGAAACAAAAAUAUCCAAGUUCUCACAAGAUUUACCGAAGAUUGAAGGACAAAUAGAAAUUUUAGAAGCAUUAGCUAAUACUAUAGAGACUAGUAAUUUAGUUUGGGACCCUAAAAUGCAGUUCGCUUUACCCAAAAUUGAUAUAACUCGUUACGUAGUACCCUCUGCAGAAGUAGUCAAAAAUAUUAGUAAGAUUACUGAAAAAGAAUAUAAAUAUCCCAAAAAAGAAUGUAAAGUUUCAAAUAAAGAUUAACUAGGCAAAUCAAAUAAUUUUGUAACUGAUGGAAAUUGUUGUUUUGGUAC